GACAUCGGGCACCCGGGGUGCCCCCGAGGGCGGCGGCCGGGGGCGGUGACAUCCCCAGGCCCCGCCCCUGGCGCCGCCACCUCCCCGAAUGACCCCCGAGAGUCCCCCCCGAGGGUGCGCAGAGUGUCCCCAGCGCGUCCCCGCAGCGUUCCCGGAGUGUCCCCGCGGUGUCCCCAGAGACCAUGGAGAGCCCCCAGAGCGCCGAGCUGUCCCCGUCCCUGCUGGAGUCGCUGGUGGCCGUGGUGGCCACCCUGGGCGAGCUGGCGGCCGCCGUGGCGGGUCGAAUGGGGACGUCCAGCUGGCCGUGUCCCCGGGGGUCCCUGCACAAGGGCCUGGUGGCCUUCAUCGAUCACCUCCGAGAUGCCCUGGACCACCAGGGGAGCACCCGCCUGGGCCAGGCCCUGGCCGCCCUCAGGGCCGCCCAGGGGGCCACCUGGGCCCAUGUGGCAGCCGAGGCCACCGCCUGGCGGGACUCGGUGGCCGAGGUGGCGGACAAAUGGACCCGGGUGGUCAGGGAGGCCACCGAGCUCUGUAACGCCUGCGCGCACGCGGCCACCGCCGAGGCCGCCGCCGAGGCCACCGCCGCGGCCACCGCGGGGGACCGGGGGGACAAGAUGGCCCACUGGGGCACGGCCACGGACAGCCUGGUGGCCACGAGCCGGCAGCUGCUGGAGGCCCUGGGCAAGGCCCUGGGCAAAGCCCUGGACAAGGCCCUGGCCCAGGGCCUGGACAAGGCCUCCUUGGCCUCAGCAGUGGCCGAGUACGAGACCGAGGUGGCCGCGGCCACCGACAAGGUGGCGACGGCCACCAAGGCCAUGGAGGAGGCCACGGUGGCCACCAGCAAGGCGAGGGCGGCCGCCACGAGCAAGCGGCGAGCGGAGGUGGCCCUGGGGCCGCUGGGGCGCUUGGUGGCCGCGUGCGCCAAGGCCACGGCGCUGCCCCGGGAGCUGCUGCGCCGGCUCGGGGCCAUCGAGGCCACCCUGGACGGGGCGCGGGCCACCAACGCGGCGUCCCCCGACGUCCCCGAGGCCGCGGUGGCCGCGGUGGCCGAGGCCGAGCGGCUGUGGCGAGCCAGCUCCAGCCUGGCCACGCGGCGCCUGCUGGGGACCCUCGGGCUCGUCCGCGACCUCCUGCUGGGCGGCCCCGGUGGCCCCGGCGGCGCCGAGGUGGCCCAGAGGUGCCGGGAGGCCAUCGAGAGCAUCCCGGGGCUGCUGCGGGCGCCGUGACGUCACCGCCGUGACGUCAUGGAGGCGGUGACGUCAUCGGGCCGAGGCGUCGCUGGUGUCACUUGUCCCCUCCCCCUCCCCCCGCUGUGGGGUUGGAGCAGAAUUUGGGGAAUUUGGGGGGAUUUUCAUUAAAAUUG